AUGUUUCAGGUACCACAAAAGCGGACCGCCGAAGCACUGAACGCCGGCUUUUCAACUUUCCCGGCCAACCCGCUCCUCCCUCCCCCUCUUCCCCAGGCGUUGAAGCGCGUUGGGUCGAGCAGGGUGCGGCUGGGUCUGCUCUCUGUCAUCGUGGGAUGGAAGGGUGCUGAAAUAUCUGCUCCAUUUCCCGCUUCUCCUCCAUCUGUCUCUAAAGCCACACUGAUCAACCCCUCGCUCUCGCCCUUCCCUCCUUUCCCCUUCCCUCCUUUCCCCUUCCCUCCUUUCCCCUUCCCUCCUUUCCCCUUCCCUCCUUUCCUCUCCCCACCUGCCUCUCCCCACUCUCCCCGCCAGGUGUUGAAGCGUGUCAGCUCGAGCAGGGUGCGACUGGGUCUGCUCUCAGUCAUCGUGGGAUGGGUGCUGGGCUAUCUAGCUGUCGCCAUAAUUGCCAACCACAGGCGGACCACACAGUAUGGCAUGGACGAUGGGGUGGGGGAUGAGCUAGCAGGCAUCGCCAUCCGCCCCCGUCCCCCCGGCCUCCUAACCACCGACCCCAUGGAUUACCCCAAACCCAAAGUCUUUUUCGACAUCAACAUUGACGGGCGGCCCGCGGGCAGAAUAAUCUUCGAGCUCUUCACCAAGCAGGCGCCCCGGGCAGCGGAAAAUUUCCGGGCGCUGUGCACGGGGGAGAAAGGGCGGGUGCCGAACGAGCCGGGCAGGGAGGGGGCAGGAUUGCCGCUGCAUUACAAGGGAGCGGAGUUCUACCGAGUGAUUGACCGGUUUAUCUGCCAGACUGGGAUCAACACGGAGAGCAUCUACGGGGGCAGCUUCAAGGACGAUCCUCUAGCUCUGCUGUUGAAGCACAAUAAGAAGGGCUUGCUAUCAGCAGCCAACAUUGGCCCAGAUACCACCACCACUCAUUUCUCUAUCGUGGUGGCUCCGGCACCACAUUUAGACGGGCAUUACCCCAUCUUUGGCCAAGUGGUGUCUGGUUGGGAAGUUGUAGAGCGGAUAAACAAGCUCGCAAAGCCUUCUGGUUCAGGGGAUGAGCGUCCCCGUUUACCAGUGGUGAUUGCGGAUUGUGGCGAGAUCAAAUGA